GCCAGGGUACGGAGAUGACGGCAUUGGGGUUGGUGGGAGUGACAAGUGCGCAACAUCGCGGGCGUGAACAAUAUUAACGCUUAAAGCCAUUUAUUGGCUGUUAGUUCUGACAGUAAUGGCGAGCCACGAUGAUUUGAGCACAAGUCACGAGAAACGGCAGCACCGGGCCGCGGAUUAAAACAGGAGCCAGCCGGCUAGGCGCGCCAUUCGGCUUUUGUGUAAAGUACACAAAUUUGAACUCCGCCCCUUUGGACAGUAAUAAUGUGGGUUGUCUUGGCAACUCCGGGUUCUUCCAUACAAGGGGAGGAGAUUCAAAAUUGAGACUGCUCCCAGAAGUCUUUAUGUCGACUUCUGAAGAAGAAGAAGAAAAAAAAAAAAACAAGAAAAGGGGAAAAAACGGUGUCAGGACAAAGACCCCUGCUGCACGGGCACUGACCUGUUUGUAGACAAAAAAAAAUUAAUCAGGCAAUCAUCAGAUUUAUCGCUGGAAUAAAGUGGACAAUAUGGAGGGAGAACUCUGCAUCGCGGAUUUCAAAAAUUGUUUCUCCUUCGCUAUCGAUCAAGCCGUGAAAGCUACUUCUCAUGAUAUCAUGUGCAAAAUGUUAGACUUCAUCAACGACUACUUUAUGGGCUUCCAGAUGAAAGACGAGAAACACUAUGACCACUUCAAACGCAGAGAUGAAUUUAAGAACUGCGCGUGCCACAUGAUUGAGGAAGCAGUCAAGACGGUGCUGGAGAUCAUCAUGGCUAAGUUUGCAGACUUUAUGCUUAACAGAUCUGCUGGAUCACAUCCCAAUAUGUCCGACACGGACGCGGAGCUGCAAAGGCUACAGCUGCAGAUCAAGAUCUCCAGCAGUGAACUGGCACCAGUGAGGGGACUGGCGCGGUACGCCGGCAGUGGAGAGCCGCGCUUUAGUACGAGAGGAACCACCGAGGACCCGAGAACGCCGGACACGCUUCACGUCCCGCAUUGGCCGCAGGUGGAGGCGAGGAUGGAUCCUGUGCACCCUGGAACUGGGAGCUGGGACCUGCCGCGAUUAAUCCCCGAUUGGGAGAGAAUCGGUGGGGUCUAUGCUGCAGAGACACCAGUGCUGGGUAAGCAAGAUGUUGAAUCCCACAUUUUGGAAGAUAUGGUUCCCAUCAAAAAAGAAGAUAUCUUUGAAGAGUGUUGUGCAAGUGCCCCAGCCAAUUUGGAAAAUGAUAUCUCUAGCUUCAAAGACAGUGAAGAGAGAGACACAAAAGCUAGAAUCGCAUCCCUGACAAACUGCAAUAUGGAGUGGAGGGCAGUGCACGUUAAAGAGGAACUCGGUGAUGAAGGAUCUGUCGUCAUUAAAGAGGAGGCCAGCUACAUUGACAUUUCUUCAAAUGUUAAGACAGAGGGCUCUGUUUUAAUCUCUAUACCUGAUGAUCCAGUUACUUCUGAUCAAGCUGUGGACACCCAGGUAAGAUGUGGCCAAGGUGGUCAAUACACAGUGGAGGAGAGUAGCUGGUGCAAAAAGGAGGAUUUGAGAAAUGAGCUACAAGUUGAGACUAUGAAAAGAACUAAUGAAAACCAGAAUGAACACCUGACUUCUACGCCAAAUGGCAAGGAGUUCAAGUACAGGUCUAAUAUGCAAAGACAGAGGAGGUCCCACUCUGUGAAAAGGCCACACAGCUGUACCGAAUGUGGGAAAACCUUUAUUCGUCUAGGUCAUUAUAAAACGCACAGGCGCAUUCACACAGGAGAAAAACCGUAUCGCUGCAUAGAGUGUGGCAGGAUGUUCAGCCAACUGGCCAACCUCACAGCCCACCAGGCAGUCCACACCACGGAAAAGCCGUACAGUUGCAAUGACUGUGAAAAAUCCUUCAGCCUACUCAGUAGUCUCAAGAUUCACCAGAGGAUUCACACCGGGGAGAAAACAUUCACUUGUGCGGAAUGUGGAAAAACCUUCAACCAGUUGUAUCACCUUAAAAUUCACCGGAGGACUCACACUGGGGAGAAGCCAUAUAGUUGUACCGAAUGUGACAAAACCUUCAGUCGCUUGGGCUAUUUUAAAACUCACCAGAGGAUUCACACGGGCGAGAAACCAUAUAGUUGCACCCAGUGUGGGAAGAUGUUCAGUCAGCUGUCCAACCUGAAAGCCCAUCAUUCUGUUCACAUACCAGACAAAGCAUACAGCUGCAACGAGUGUGGGAAAACCUUCCGUCAGCUAAGUACCCUGAAAACACACCACAAAUCCCACACUGAAGAGAAUCCAUACAUUUGUACCGAAUGCGGAAAGACCUUCAAUAAUCCCAAAAGCCUUAAAACACAUCAGCGGAAUCACACCAGAGAGAAAUCUUACAGUUGUACUGAAUGUGGGAAGACCUUCAGUCACUUAAAGAGCCUUAAAGCCCACCAGAUGGUUCACACGGGAGAGAAUCCCUACAUCUGCGCCGAAUGUGGGAAGAGUUUUAUUCACCCAAGUAGUCUUAAGACGCACCAGAGGAUUCACACCGGGGAGAAGCCGUACACUUGUAAAGACUGUGGGAAGACCUUCCGUUGGCUCUUCAGCUUCAAGGAACACCAGAGAAUCCACACUGGGGAGAAGCCGUACAGUUGUAAAAAAUGUGAUAAGGCCUUCAGAUAUUUAGGAGACUUGAAAACUCAUCAGAGAGUUCACCUGGGAGAGACGAUCUCAGAAAGUAACCCAUUGUGAAAAAUUGAUCUCCCCUCUCGAGAAUGGAGCAUGUCAGGAAGGUUAUAUGUGAGCACCUCUUCCGCAACACAGCAAAAUGGAAAAUUAUUCGGUGUAGGAUUGCACCAAGGUUACGUCAGUAAUAUAGUGGUUCAGAAUGUGGAGCUCCUCUGAAGAAGAUGAAUCUCUCAGAUCAGUCCCACUCCCUUCCAACUGACAUCUGCAAAUGCCGCCACAUGGCUUUAGCUUUGCAGUAUAGUUAUUUUUUUAACAUUUGCACCAAAAACAAUAUUGUUAGUAUUCAAAGAUGCUCAAACACAGCCUUAGAAACGAAUGUGCUAUGGCAUCUAAAGAGGAGAAAGGGCUACAAGGAACUGUUGUCCCAGAAUUCAAGGAGGCCAGUUUGCUUCCCUUAUGCCUUAGUACAAAUUCUAGUGUUCAUCUCUUUAAAUGGGCAAUAUUUCUCAGAACCAAAAAGUGUGCUCUCCUGAAAUUCACCCAUAUAUAAAUCAUCCAGGGGUAGCAGGAGUCAUUGAGAGGCUCAGAGUGUUGUUAAAGUUGUGGAAAUCUCUUGUCACAGUGAGCUGUUGAAAAUGUUGGAUGCAAAUUUUCUCCAACCAAUGAUCUUGGGGUAUAAAAUCGAUUGUGACCACUUAAUUUAGGACUUACAAGAAGAACUGAACUGAUGCCAGUGGUCAACAGGAUGGUCUUAAACUGCACUAUAAUUAUCAUUUUGUGAGACAAUUGUUUAGUAAAACUUCAGAAGUGCAUUGAAAUCGACACACGCCCAGGUUAAAAUGAAAAUGACUCGAGGUAUCUUAUUUGUAGAAUGCAAGCGCUGUUGUGAGCAGGAUGGCGGCUUCUGGACAGAGUGCUUGAAGUAGAGCACAGAAGAACAGCUCCAUAAAGCAGAGCACAAGGCUGCCGAGCCACUCAGAGACUCCACUUGUGUACCCCACACUUCUGAAGCCUAUGUUGUAAUUGGGAUGUUUGCAGCUUGUAAGGUGUAAUUUGGGAUCCGGAUGAUGAUGACAAAAUGCUAUGAAAGGAGUCUAUUUGUUGUAAUCCAGGAAAGCAAGGCAGAUAUUUUGUAAUUGUAGCUGGUAAAAAAAAGAUUAGAAGUUUACUGGCCUCCACUGGUUAAACAGUACAGGUAAACUAGAAAACGUGGUGUGACGAUCUGGGUCAGUUCCAGUUGGAGCCUCAUGAGCCGUGUAAUGAGCUGAGCAAAUGAGGACACAGCAAGGGGUAGGUGCAAUAGGUGCAAAAGUGUUCCAUAUUUUUAUUAAAAACAAUCAAAGACAAAGUGUUCAAAAAGUGCAGUGAAACAUCCAAUACGAAAAUAGUGAAUAAAUAAAUAAUCCAUUAAAAAAACGGUGAAAAUGUGUGGAGGUUAAAAUCCACCAUAUAAAAAUACUGCAUAAAAACAAUGUUAAAAAUCUCUGGCAAGAAUUGGUCCUUUAAAAACUCACAAGUACUGGUGCAAUCUACUAAAACUGACGUCUCCUCCACUUACCCCACAUAAGAUCUUGCAGCGGAGGAGACGCCCAACCAACAGACACAGCCAGUCCUCGAAAAAUAGGCUUGAGUCCCUGCUGCUGUCAGAGACCCCUGGCAGGACGCCGUUCCGAGUCUCACCUCACUCCUUCCGUCUCCCGCUGCCAUUCCUUGGACUUAUAUGAGUACCCCUAUGAGCAUCGCCCGCCACUCCAGCUACUUCAAAAUAAAUGCUCAGCUGGAGUUGACCUGUUCAGCCUCCUUGAGCAUUGAUCCUAGGGACUCUCCUCCCAGCUGCCUGCCUCCUCUCCCCUCCAUCCUGGCAUCUCCCAAUCCUGCCUUGUCUCCUCCAUCCAUCCAUUUUAACCUCCAUCUCUCUUUUCUUUUCAUCUGUUCCUCUCAGUCAUGCAGGCUCCUCUUAUCUUGGCUUGCCUAAUUGGGUGCCACUGUAAUGUGCCGCUCUGUCCGAGGUAAGAAUGAGGCACCUGACUGACGCUUACAUUCACACGUGUAUGCACAAUCAACCAGACAUCCAAACCAUCCCUGUAGCGGCAUGUGCUCACACAUACCCACAGGUGAUUGUAGUCCGCACUUCCCAGGUCACCAUUAUUAAUUUAAAUUUGCUUUUCGCCACAGACUAUUCAUCACACAUGGGUAGAGGAAUUGAUCAUACACUAUGGAAGCCAACAUGCAAAGUCAAAAGACCACCACUAGGCACAGGCACAGCAAGCCAAAAGAUGUGUACUAUAGAGGUGGAAGAAAUUCAAUGCACUGCUGUACACGUGGAAAAAUAGAGAGCACAGAGUAAAGUAGUGAAAUUACCAAUAAAGGUGACCAUCAGACUCCAUUUACUCCCAGAGGGUCACUGGUUGUCAUACGUUUUUAUUCACCACUGUACUAAUUUAUUGGCUGGUUUCAGCAUGUGUUCACCUUGCUCUGAGAAUGCUCUGAGAUUUCCUGUUUUGUUAUUAAUGGGAUGCACAGGGCAACAGCAGUUUUGAGAGAAACAGAGAAUGGAAUUGGGAGAUGGCACAGACAGACCAGCAUUCAAGCAGUAGUCAUAACUGGGAAGACUAAAUUUAAAUAACCAAAGAUCAUGACAUGUAGCCACAAUCGAGGUCAAAGAAUAGCACGGUAAAUUGUAAACCA